CUUAAAUUAGGUAAAGUCGACUCGAGUUUUACCCAUAUAUGAACGGUUUCUCCGGCGACGCCUCUGCUCCGUCGCCAGAUGGUACGCCAUAUACACUUUGUAUAUAUGCACAUGCUAUACGCGCUACGCAUGCUUUUGGAAGAAAUUGGGAAUAACGCCAUUAGUUGGGAAUAGACAGCACAGCAGGUGGUUUGACUUUACGCUGAGAGGCAUACUUACCUUGUCCUCUUCUUCUUCUCUUACUCUUUUUAUAGUUUUGCUAUUGUUGGGUUAUAAGGUUCGGAAUGUUUGGUACCUACUCUUCCGUCCCUUUCCGCAAAUCUCCCUCUUUGAGUUUUAUCUUCUCUCUAUGCUUACUUUCAAAUCGUGUCUCUCUGUUUCCCCCACAUCGCCCUUUUCUACUGUAUUGUAUGUACAUCGAACCCAUACUGAUUCUGCCCAAACAAGAGAACAUCGUGGAAAAAAAUGCACAUCGAUAAUUGUUGCUAUGGUUCUUGGAUGGUUUUGCUUCAUAGUAUGUCAUUGUUCUGUUGCAGUGUGUGGUCUAUUCCCCCCUCAUUAUUAGAGCAGACAAAUUAGCAACCACCAUGAGUGAUUUAUGAAAUGCAAUUACAUAAUGAAGCUCGAAGCACGAAAACAAGAGGUAUAUUGAGAUGCUGUUUGAUGAUUCUGACAGUGAGUUUUAGAUGGAUGUGUGUUGGAUAUACAUGUUUAGCAUUGUUGCUCAAGGGUAUAGUUAGUAUUAGGGUUCAGUUAUAACUGUAGCUGUUUAUUCGAUUAUUGGUUGACCGUUAAGCAUUUGACUUACAGAUGAUUAUAUAUCGUUUAUAUUAGUCGGUUAACCGUAAUCGUAUACUUAAUAAUCGAUUAUUACAUCGGUUAAUCAACUAAUUGUUUAGCAAGUGAUUUGGAAAUAUUAUACUAAAAUAAUCAAUCGGUAACCGAACAAACAAAAGGCCUCUCUCCUCUCUUUUUUCUUUUUUAAUUGUGCAUUUUUUAGAUGUUUCCCGUAUGUGCACUUUUUUUUAUAUUUUUAUCAUUGAUUUGAGUUUGUUUUGUUGUUUCUAUUGGAACUCACAAAAGAAAGCAAAGAGACAGCGAACGAGAAGAGUGAUCAGUAUGAACUCGGUGAGAGAAGUUGUUAAUGGAAGAAAUUGGUGGUACGGUCUUUGCUAUCUUUCUUCCAGCAUGAGUCAUCUGAUCUUUCCCAAUUCAAUCUCGAUGCCUUCAUAUCAUUCUCAGAAUCGACGGCGCUCUUUACAUUUUUUCAAUUUUAGGGUUCACAUUAGGAGGAAAUUGAGGAUGAAGAAAAGGGUUUGGGUGGGAGGAGAUUAUUUGUUCCAAGUCCAAUAUUUUUUUUGAGAGAGAUGACAAUUUUGUGGAGAGAAACAUAGAUAAUUAUAUUCAGUCAAUCGUUAACUGACUAUUCGGUUAUCGGUUAUACCGGAAGUCAUUUCAACCUAUCAAUAAUCGCUCGACUAACUUAUAAUUUGUAAACUACAACUGUUAAUCACGGUUAUCGAUGUAACCGUUAAUCGAUUAAAUAUUGGUUGAGUUUUGUUCAGUGGAUACAAUAUUUAUUCUACUAGUGAUAAGCUGUUAAGCAUCCGGAGUUGACCCACUCGAAUGAUAGAAAGGCAAUAUUUUACCAUGCUUUUUUAGAAGAUAUCAUCCACAUAACAAAUGGAUGUGGAAUUUUUUUUUGGAUCUUGUAACUUAGUUACUCUACCAUGCCAUUUUGGAUGAAUGAUAGAAAGGCAAUAUUACAACUUGCAAGUCUUGCGAUCCUGCCUUUUGAUUAUUCAUCCAAUCGUUUGAGAUUCAAAGCCAUCGUGCAUUUAAAAUGGCAGGCGCUGCUACUGCACAAGCAAAAAAGAAUAGUUCCUGUGCACUUCAGAGUUGAUCGAACUGCUGAUCGCACUAGUUAUUAGUCUUGGUUCCAAUCCAAUUAGACACAUACUUUGUUCGACGAAAUCAAAGUGGGCUUAACUCAAAACAGGCCCAAUUGAACAAAACAAUAAAGUCUAGCCAAGAACGAAAUAAACAACGCUGGGCUUUGGUUUCAAUAAGCCCUCUGGGCUCUGAGGGCCGGAAGAAGAACGAGACCCAGAGGAACUGGCCGUCUUCUUCCUGAGCACUCUAUAACAGCUGAUCAACCAAAUAACAGAGUAGCAAAAGCAUGCCAACAUAGACACAAACGAGAGCAGGAAAAGUAAAUAUCACAUUCACACCGAAGUUUUACAGAGGUUCCCCAAAUUAUAACUUAGUCCUCGUUCAGGAGAGGACACCUGCUUAAUUCCGGUAGACUUUUUAUUAUUAUUUUAUUCGAUAAAGAUGUCUCUCAGUAUAAUCGGUACUGUAUGCGAAACGAGGAGUAGUUGCAUUAAAGUUUAAAUAUGAUG